ACCAGGAGGACUGGACAUCCCACAAUGCAUCGCGGUCAAGCGAGUUUCCUCUUCAUCAACACAUGGCCUGUGCAUGCUAAUAUUUUUCUUGGGAAACCCAAGACUAACGACAAUUUUUAAGUGUGUUUCCAUAGAUAUUCUUCUACCAAAUGAAAGUUAAAGUCCUCUCGAGGAACCCGGAUGAUUACAUCCGGGAGACCAAACUAGAUAUUCAACGUGUCCCCAGAAACUAUGACCCUACACUCCAUCCGUUUGAGGUGAGCAGGGAGUACACCCGGGCCCUGAAUGCCACUAAGCUUGAGAGGGUGUUUGCCAAGCCUUUCUUGGCCUCUCUGGAUGGACACAGAGAUGGGGUGAACUGCAUGGCCAAGCACACCAAGAGCCUCUCCACCCUGCUCUCUGGCUCCUGCGAUGGGGAGGUGAAAGUGUGGAAUCUGACCAAACAUGAAUGUGUCCGCACUCUCCAAGCACAUGAAGGUUUUGUCCGUGGAAUGGUUGUCCGCUUUUGUGGAACCUCCUUCUUUACGGUUGGUGAUGACAAAACAAUCAAGCAAUGGAAAAUGGAGGCGCCCGGUUACGGAGAGGAAGAGGAGCCACUUAACACUAUUCUGGGCAAGACAGUCUUCACUGGACUAGACCACCACCAGAAUGAUGCUGUGUUCGCAACAUGUGGCCAGCAGGUGGACAUCUGGGACGAGCAGAGGAGCAGCCCAAUCCGCUCUUUCACCUGGGGCGUAGACAGCUUCAGCGCUGUCCGCUUCAACCCUGUGGAGACUGAACUCCUUGCAAGCUGUGCCUCUGACAGAAGUAUAGUACUGUAUGACAUGAGAGAAUCAGCGCCACUUAAAAAGGUUAUUAUGACAAUGAGGAGCAACACAGUGUGCUGGAACCCUAUGGAAGCCUAUUACUUCACAUGUUCAAAUGAGGACUACAACCUCUACACAUAUGAUAUGAGGUAUCUGGACCGGCCAAUCACGGUGCACAUGGACCAUGUCUCUGCGGUGCUGGAUAUUGAUUAUUCUCCAACUGGGAAGGAGUUUGUAUCUGCCAGUUUUGACAAAACCAUCCGCAUCUUCCCCAAGGACUCUGGCCACAGCAGGGAAGUCUACCACACCAAACGCAUGCAGCAUGUCAUCUGCAUAAAGUGGUCGGCAGACAACAAAUACAUCCUGAGCGGCUCUGACGAAAUGAAUAUCCGACUGUGGAAAGCCAACGCAGCCGAGAAACUCGGAGCGCUGGCCCCCAGAGAGAGGGAGGCCGCCAACUAUAGUCAGAAGCUGAAGGAGAAGUUCGAGCACCACCCGCAGAUCAGACGCAUCGCCCGCCACCGACAUCUACCCAAGAGCAUCUACCACCAGACCAAGGAGCUGAGGGUUAUGAAAGAGGCUCGCCGCAGGAAGGAGAGGAAUGUCCGCAAGCACAGCAAGCCAGGAAGUGUUCCUGUGGUGUCUGAGAAGGAGAAGCAUGUUGUGACUGUGGUCAAAUAGGCAAUGCCGGAGGAGAGAACGGAAGACCAAAAGGGGCCCUGCCUUCAAGAGAUGAGGUGGAACCCCCCCCACCACCCACCCACAAGAUCACAUCCACAUGGGGACAUGUUCAGACUGCUUUCACUGAAGAGUGGGGGCGGGGAAAAUAACUUUUGAAUUUGUCAGUUGUGGGAAGGACAUAUGACAAGUUCUUCAUCGUUUUGAAGUACAAGGACACAGACUGUAAAUACAUACAAACAUGAAACCCUGUAAAACAUUCUCUUUCUACCACCAUCUGCUCUACUUUUCACUGCUCAGUUACACAUAGUUCUGUAUUGGUCUUGUACUAAAGUGACUAAUCACACAUUUUGCUUUGAGCAAAGGGGUUUUCAUUCUUCAUCACAUAUUUUUAAGAAAUUAAAAACUGAUUAAAUUGAUCCAAUGUUUAAAGAAUUAUGCGACUUGGUACAUCCUUGAAACAAAAUGUGUUCCUGUUGUUUCAUUAGUCUUUUUCAUGAAUAAAGUUUGGGAAACGUG